CAGCAACAUCAAGAAUAGUGUGUGGAGGGGCUGGGGUCAGGAGUCUGAGACACACACACCUCUGUACUGUGAUGGCAAGAAGGGAAGUGCAGGUUCUGUUAAGGAGAUCAGCAGCUCAGAGAGAGAGGGAGAGAGAGAGAGGCCACGAGGAGGAAUUCACCCCCGUCAGCAUCUGGUCACAGACAGCACCAAGGAUGGGAGGCUCCUGUUGUACAGCAGCCCAUGUACAGAGCAGCACACGACAAAGCAGUGAGGCCUCAGUUUGUGCCACAACAAGGGCUGUGGAACAGGAAAGAGAUCGACCACCAGAAGACGCUACCGGUGAUGGUAACCGACCUCCAGAGUGCGCUACCGAUGAUGGUAAUCGGCCAACAGAGGGCGCUACAGAUGAUGGUAACCGGCCAACAGAGGGCGCUACAGAUGAUGGUAACCAGCCAACAGAGGGCGCUACAGAUGAUGGUAACCGGACAACAGAGGACACUACCGGUGAUGGUAACCGGCGAACAGAGGGCGCUACCGGCGCUGGUAACCGGCCAACAGAGGGUGCUAUAGGUGAUGAUGGCGAUAAAACUACAAACAGUGGGAUUCUGAAAAGUUACAGCAACACUGAGCUUCACCUGGUGACCUGGUUCUACAGGCAGAGGCUGGAGGUGGCGAUGGACGACCUGUUGGAGGACUUGACAUCGGCGCUGGAGAAAUUACUGAAACUCAGAGAGUUCGUGCACAUCAGGCAGCUGGUAAACAAGAAUCAGAGACAGGAAGCAUCGAGAUAUCUUCUGGAUUUAGUGACUGGAGCACCAAGCCAGCUGCAGAGAGAGAUGUGGGAAGCUUUUGUGAAAAUGGAGGACAAUAAACCACAGCUGAAGGGAAUCGUAAGAGAGAUCCAGGAAAAGGGUAACAGGCUUCCCACUGAGAUAUUUCGUUGCUGGUGUGAAGAGAAGUUGGCUGAAGAACUUACACAUGUUCAGAAACAGCACAAAGAAACCCUCCGUUCCCAGAAUGAGAAGCUGUCAGUAAACACCCUGCGAGGACGGGAGAAAACCAAGACAUUUCUGCUGUCUGAACGUUACACAGAAUUAAUAGUCACUUCAUCUCUCCGUGAGCGGAGGCUGGUGGAGCAUGAAUUGGUGGCGAGAGGCAGAGAACAUGAGGAGUGGCAAGAGAAGAAUGUCAGGAAGGAGCUGAAGAAAAUACAACCGGAGGAGCUGUUCGGAACUCCUUUAGGGACAACCAUCCUGAGUGGAAUAGCAGGGAUUGGGAAAACCACCAUGGUGCAGAACAUUCUGUAUCGCUGGGCCACAGGGAAGAUCUAUCCCCAGAUCCACUUUGUCUUUCAUUUCAAAUUCCGUGACCUGAACGUGAUAAAAGGGGAAACCAGCCUGAAAACCAUGGUCCUGGAAUCAUAUCCUUAUCUUCAGGAUGUUCUGGACAAGAUCUGGGAGAAGCCGGAACAUUUGCUGUUUGUGUUUGAUGGUUUGGACGAGUUCAAGGACAGGAUUGACCUCUGUCCCGUGGCUGACAUUGUGCGCUCUCUGGUACAUCAGGAAGUACUGAAAGGCUGUUCAGUGCUGAUCACAAGCCGCCCAACUGCACUGGAGUCUUUGGAUCACAUCCCCACCAACUGCUGGGCUGAAAUCCUGGGAUUCUUCGCUGAGGGAAGGGAAGAUUACAUCAGACGCUUCUUUCCAGAUGAGAAGAUUGCAGCUGAAGUGCUGAGAUAUGUGAAGGAGAAUGACAUCCUGUACACCAUGUGCUUCAACCCUUCCUACUGUUGGAUCCUCUGCUGCACAUUGGAGCCAAUCUUCAAACAUCCAGAAGACAAACAGCCUCCCCCCAAAACCAUCACACAGCUGUACUCCAGUUACAUUUACAACAUCCUGAAGAACCAUCCCCGAGAGAGUGAGAGCCCUCGGGAGGUGAUGCUGAGAGCCGGGGAGAUGGCCUAUGAGGGGGUCUGUAACAGGACCAUUGUGUUCGAUGAUGACCAUUUCUCUCACCAUCAGCUUGAACCCUCAACCUUCAUCUCAGGGUUUAUGAUGGAGAUUCUGGAGAAGGAUGAUGGUGGGAGACAAGUUGUGUACACAUUCCCUCAUCUCAUCAUCCAGGAGUUUGUGGCUGCUCUCGCUCAGUACCUGACUCCCGUCCGCAGGAACCUGGUUGAACUGCUGGACCAGGUUCACAAGAAGAACGACUGGCGCUUUGAGAUCUUCCUGCGGUUUGUUGUGGGUCUCUCCUGGCCACACACAGCCCGGCAGCUGGAGGAGAUCCUGGGGCCGUUAACUAACGCGUCAGUCUGUGAAGCCAUCUCCUGGCUGAAGGUGAAUAUUGAGGCGGCGAUUAAACAGUCAGGGAGAAAAGGUGGUAAACGGAAGCUGCUGAACAUGAUGUACUAUCUGUUUGAGUCUCAGAACAACACUCUGGCCCAGGUCACACUCGGAGCUGUGGGGACACUGGACUUUAGUGGGUUCACAUUGAACCCUCUGGACUGUGCUGUGCUGUCUCAUGUGUUACAGCUCUGUGACACCAUAGAAAACCUCAAUCUCAACAGCUGUAACAUCGGAGCUGAAGGGAUCCAGCGUCUGGUGCCCGCACUGCACAAGUGCCGACAGCUCAGGCUGAGGGGCAAUAAUCUGGGAGAU